AUGGCUCAAAAUAGCAAGAAAUACGUUGCUGAUGUUCUUAUAUUCGCCAUAUCGCAAGUAGCCUUAUAUUUUGGUAAAGAUGAAUUGAAAUUGAAUGAAUACGAAGAAGUAAUUUUGUCUGAAGUAGUAUUUUCCGAAGACAUAACGGUCACAUUCGACCGUCUUGAUCAAAUAAUAUGGUCACUAAAAGAGAGUGUCAUAUAUCCAUUACGCUAUCCGCAAUUAUUUGCGUCAAAAUCUGGCUUGUUGGGCGUACCCAAGGGUGUUUUAUUCUAUGGACCACCCGGUUGUGGGAAAACCAUGCUGGCAAAGGCAUUAGCCUGUGAAUCAGGCGCGACUUUUAUCAAUCUUCAUGUAUCGACUCUUACUGACAAGUGGUACGGGGAAUCCAAUAAACUUGUUGCUGCGGUUUUCUCAAUAGCGAGAAAGUUGCAACCCUGCAUUAUUUUUAUCGACGAAAUAGAUGCAUUCUUGAAAGAACGAAGAAGUAGUGAUCACGAAGUCACUGGAUUAAUGAAAGCUGAGUUUAUGAGCCUUUGGGAUGGUUUGACAACCGAUGAAAAUACUCAAAUCGUGAUAUUAGGUGCCACCAACAGGCCUACUGAUAUUGACUAUGCGUUUCUUCGUCGUAUGCCCAAAAGAUUUGCUGUUAAAUUACCGAACGAUCAACAGAGAAAGAGUAUUCUCCAACUGGCAAAUCAAAAGCUGGAAGAGAAUUUUGACUAUGACUGGCUGGUCGCUAACACUGUUGACUAUUCAGGAAGCGACUUGAAAGAAGCGUGUCGAAAUGCAGCAAUGAUUCCUAUCCGUGAAUAUAUGCGCGCUAAUGCUUCAGAUGGCAAUUUAACUGACAUAGAUCCAUCGAAAAUGAUCAUACGCCCACUAAGGAUUUCUGAUUUUUUCAUCCCAGAUACGCAAGCAGAAAAUAAUGCCACAACAGGUUCUGCUGUCGAUGAUCCAAUCUGUAGUUUCAACGACGAUGAGGGAUUAGAUUGA